AUGUAUUCGCAAGCAUUGCGGGGUUGGUGCACAUUGGCCGCCUUAUUUUUGACAUCGAUCAGCGUAGAAAGCGAAGUGGUGCCCCAAAACAUAAGCUAUGCGAAGCUAUUUGGCACCGAACAGUUCCUCUUCGUUGGUUUGUCGAAGUGCUAUUUGAGCGCCGAACUCAGUCCACCACCAAGAAAUUUGAUUGCACAGCAGUAUACAAUUCCAUGGCCUAGGAAACGUGUUGCAAGCAAAUAUUUUUUCGAAAAAGUCCACGUGAAUUUAGAAAAUUCCUACAGUUAUGUUGGUGGCAGUUUGCUUCAAGAACAAGUGGUAAGCUUACUUCUGCGGAUAGAGACUGCAGUACUUUUCGAUAGCCGGUACAGGACAGUUUAUGUGUUGAGGAAUAUGAGUAUGCAUGAGAGUGUCUUCGAUAUGGAAUGUGUAACGUUCUACAUGCAACUUAUGCCCGAUGGACGUUUAAUUUUCCAUCAACUGAAUGUUUUCCGUGAUGUCCAUCCCAGUAAUAUUGGACGUAUGUUGUGGACUGAAGAUCCUUAUCAUCGGAAGUUCUACUAUGCACAAAAGGAGAAAAACAAAAAGAUGACGAUUUAUUCGGUACCGUUCGGUGAUAUUCUGGAAACUUUAUUAGAUGGAAAACCGGGCGCACCAGUGCAAUCUUUCCAUGGCGAUGAUUUCCGCAACCUCUAUGGAUCAUUGAUGACCGUUGUGUGCAAUGGUACAAAUCCGGAUAUCCAGCAAUUUGAUCAAUCCAAUUCGUUGCGUCUGUUGUUCGACGAUGAUUUUUGCGCUCUGCAGAACGCCAACGGUGGCAAAUGUACAGUGCGGGGGAUGCGAAUUGUUGAAGAAGUGAUUAAGGAGGAUCAGGCGCUCUCUUCAUAUUUCUGGCUUAUUGCAUUGAUUAUUGCUCUUAUUUUGGUCAUAAUGGUCCUGUUGAUUUGCUUAUAUCGACGCCGUAACGUCAUGGAAACAACAUUCACAAAAAUGAACCGAUCACAAGUGCAGUAUUAUCCAACUUUCAGUUCCGAACGUUCUUUCGAUUACUGA